GGGAGACGGAUAUAUAUAAAUAUAGUUCAGAGAAGCGUAUAGCUCCAUUCUGCCGCAGGCCAUGGAGCCCGAAGCUGGAACCUCCACUUCUCUCCGAAAUCCUUCGCAGUUAUCAUGGAGGAAUCUCUCUAGGAAUUUGAUACUAGCUUAUCAAAGCUUGGGUGUGGUCUAUGGUGACUUGAGUACUUCACCUCUCUAUGUUUAUACAAGCACAUUCGUUGGAAGGUUGCAAAAUCAUCACAAUGAAGAUACAAUAUUUGGUGCAUUUUCCUUGAUAUUCUGGACCUUUACAUUGAUCCCCUUGCUUAAGUAUGUUGUUAUCAUGUUAAGUGCAGAUGACAGUGGUGAAGGUGGAACAUUUGCUCUCUACUCAUUGCUAUGUAGGCAUGCAAAAUUUAGUUUACUUCCCAAUCAACAAGCAGCUGAUGAGGAGCUCUCUGCUUACAAAUAUGGACCAUCAACACAAACUGUAGCCUCCUCUCCAUUGAAGAGAUUCCUUGAGAAACAUAAAAGGUUGCGAACUGCCCUACUUCUCAUGGUGCUAUUUGGUGCAUCCAUGGUCAUAGGUGAUGGUGUACUCACUCCAGCAAUUUCAGUUUUAUCAUCAGUCUCAGGGCUGCAAGUUACUGAACGGAAGCUGACUGAUGGUGUGCUGGUGGUGCUUGCAUGUGUCAUAUUGGUGGGCCUAUUUGCUCUGCAGCAUUGUGGAACACACAAGGUUGCUUUUAUGUUCGCACCCAUUGUUAUCAUCUGGUUGGUAUCAAUUUUCGUGAUUGGUCUAUACAACACAAUUUAUUGGAAUCCCAAGAUAGUACGUGCAAUUUUGCCAUAUUACAUCAUCAAGUUCUUUAGAGAAACAGGCAAAGAUGGGUGGAUUUCUCUUGGAGGAAUCCUUCUUUCUAUUACAGGUACUGAAGCCAUGUUUGCAGAUCUGGGUCAUUUCACUGCCUUGUCAAUAAGACUUGCCUUUGUAUUCCUUAUAUACCCAUGUUUGGUAGUACAGUACAUGGGGCAGGCUGCUUAUCUUUCUAAAAACCCAUCUGCUAUUAGCAGAAGUUUUUAUGACUCAAUACCAGAUUCUGUAUUCUGGCCUAUCUUUGUAAUUGCAACCCUUGCAGCUAUAGUUGGAAGUCAAGCAGUAAUCACAGCCACCUUUUCUAUUAUUAAGCAAUGCCAUGCCCUUGGUUGUUUUCCACGAGUCAAGGUUGUUCAUACCUCAAGACAUAUUUAUGGACAGAUCUACAUCCCAGAAAUAAAUUGGAUCCUUAUGGUCCUUUGCCUUGCUAUAACUAUUGGAUUCCAGGACACAAUUUUAAUUGGGAAUGCUUAUGGCAUAGCUUGUAUGGCAGUUAUGUUUGUCACUACAUGUCUCAUGGCACUUGUCAUAGUCUUUGUGUGGCAGAGGAGUGUUUUUCUGGCUGCAGCGUUCCUGCUCUUUGGAUUUAUUGAAGGGGUUUAUCUAUCAGCAUCCUUCAUAAAAGUGCCACAAGGAGGGUGGGUUCCCCUUGUUCUCUCGUGCAUUAUUAUGGUUGUAAUGUAUGUCUGGCACUAUGGAACUCGUAAGAAGUACAACUUUGAUCUUCAUAACAAGGUCUCCUUGAAAUGGCUAUUAGGCCUGGGGCCCAGCCUUGGAAUUGUUCGUGUUCCUGGGAUAGGACUAAUUUAUUCUGAAUUAGCUACUGGGGUCCCUGCCAUCUUCUCCCACUUUGUUACCAAUCUUCCUGCAUUUCAUAAGGUGUUGGUGUUUGUUUGUGUGAAAUCAGUUCCUGUCCCCUAUGUCUCGCCCGAGGAACGCUACCUCAUUGGUAGGAUUUGCCCAAGACCCUACAGGAUGUACCGGUGCAUUGUGCGAUAUGGAUACAAGGACAUCCAACGGGACAAUGGUGAUUUUGAGAACCAGCUCAUCCAGAGCAUUGCAGAGUUCAUCCAGAUGGAAGCAGUAGAACCUCAGUUCUCAAGUUCUGAGAGUUCAUCAUUGGAUGGGAGGAUGGCUGUCAUUAGUACCAGAACAGUUCAGUCAUGCUCAAGCUUGAUAGUUUCAGAGCAAGAGGAUUAUGGGUUAAACACCACCAUUCAAAGUAGCAAAUCAUCUACCCUCCAGAGUUUGCGGUCUGCAUACGAAAAUGAGAACCCACAGAUCAGGAGACGCCAAGUUAGGUUUCAGUUACCACCAAACCCAGGUAUGGAUCCUUCAGUGAGGGAUGAGCUGAUGGAUUUGAUCCAAGCAAAGGAAGCAGGAGUUGCGUAUAUAAUGGGGCAUUCAUAUGUGAAGGCCCGUAGAUCAUCUUCCUUUUUGAAAAAGCUGGUAAUUGACAUCGGAUAUUCAUUUCUGCGUAAGAACUGCAGGGGCCCUUCUGUGGCACUGAACAUUCCUCACAUUAGCCUAAUUGAAGUUGGCAUGAUUUACUACGUGUAGCUGUCAAAAAAGGACCAUUCAUGGCCGUACUGGAUAUUCUUCGCUCCACCUCUCUCUCUCUCUCUCUUAUUGUGCGUAGGAGCAGCAUCGCUGAGCUCUUUCACCGGUAGUAGGUUAAUUGUGAAUGUAGUCGACUUGGAUCGACAUUCGGGGAGAAUACCAUCGAUUCAGGAUUUGCUGAUAGACAUCGUUUUCUACCUGACAUGUAUAUACGCGUACAUCACCUGGGGAACUCUAAACAGGUGAAUUCCAACUUUUGUUAAUUAUAGAUUAGGUGAAGGUGUUAUGUGAAAUGGUGCUAGGUGAUGAUUAGAGAAAGGGAUCACGUAACUUUUGUUUGCUGAAGAAAAUGUCGAUGAUAUCAUGACAUUUAUAAUCUUUCUCCUAUUCUUUUUUUCCA